AGUAGAUGUGCAGUUACCGUAGUAGUUUUGUCUUCUUCGUCAACUGUAUGAUAGCAUGUAUUUUUGACGGGAUGCAUUGUGUUGGAUUUGGUCGUCCUUUUCCAAAUUAACCACCUAUCUCUUCGCUAUCGGCACGUAAACGUCGCGUCUUGAACAUUUAGUAGUCAUUUAUGGACGAUCGUGGGUAAUUUCUAAAGAAAGGUGAACGGGAUACAUUGCAGCAAACAGUUGUGGUCGUGGAUAGUCCACAAGCAUGGAUUCGGAAUUUAAUUUGCUGCCCUUCAAGUCAAGGUUGCAAAAAAAUGAAGUUAACUUGCAACAGCAGUUACUGGAGUAUGAAGAACAAGUGUGCCAAUGUCAGACCCUGAGACUACAGGUCGAAGAUCUCCAGAAGAGACUAGAGGAGAAGGACAACAAACUCAGUGAGGCAAACAAGGUGAUCAGAGCACUGAGGGAUGAGGUGCAGACACUGCAGCAACAGCUGGAGCAGCACAGACGGAAGUACAGAGAUGACGACGCGAUUGGACAGAGACGCCAGCAAGGUCGGCGUGCAAGAGGAAAUGAUAUCACUUCAUCGGGUUGUGAGAUCCCACCAAACGUCUUCCUGUCCUGCACAUCUGGAGACGACCCAACAGACACGCCGACAUCACCACAGGAACUGACAUCACCACAGGAACCGGAGGAUGACUCAGCAGAUUUUCCAGCGUCUCCUGCAGCUGAGGAUGAUGAUGCUGAUGAUGAUGAUAACGCACUGACAUCACCACAGCAACUGAAACUGCCUCUGCUGUCAGUGAAGCUACAAGACUGCCGUGAACUGCUGGGGCCUGACGGAGUUUAUAUUAUUCAACCGAUGGAGGAGAUCAACGAUGACGACGAGGAUGAUUAUGAUGACGGCUACAAAGGUUAUCAGGAUGACGACAGUGACUUUGACCCAUCAGAUCCUGACUUCAAGGAGGCUGCACCUGCGAGGGAACAGAAGAAAGCCAAGGCCAAAAAGUACGACAAACGUUUUGCCUGCACAGAAUGCGAAUUGAUAUUUACAUUUCCAAGCGGGCUGGCUCGUCACCACCGAAGAGUGCACGCCAAAAAGGAAACAUGUGAAAAUGCAACUGCUGAAUCUCCACAUGAAAGUGCGUCCACCGACUCGCCCAACGCUGAGAGUCAACAGGAAAAGGACAAAGACUCGACGUCUCAAAAGCCUUCUGCGGAGUGUGACGUCUGUGGCAAAAUUCUUGCUGACUCAUCCAGUCUCAAAGUUCACAAAAGACUGCACACAGGUGAAAUGCCGUACGCCUGCAAAGUUUGCAACAAAACUUUCAGGCAGUCAGGUGGACUCAUCGCACACCGGAAACAGCACCCACAGGAGAUGGGUGAAAAGCCUGUCAAAGUCAGAAAGAAAAAGGACGUAAUGCACAAGUGCUCACUUUGCCCCAAGGAAUUCCCUAUUCCAUCACUUGUAAAAAAACAUUUUAAAUUAGUACAUUCAGGAGACAAACCCUACCUAUGUAGCCAGUGCCCCUUGAGAUUCCCAACUUCUUCGAAUCUGAAAGUUCACGAAGCCCUUCAUACGGAUGAGAAACCUUUUGAGUGUCCGGUGUGUGGGAAGGCAUUCAAAACUAAAUACGUUCUUAAAGCUCACGAGAAGACGCACUCUGAUCUGAAGCCGUUUACCUGCACGUACUGCAACAAGAGUUUCAGACAGAAAUUCAAGCUACAGGUGCACAUAAGAAGACACCUGGGAGAUAAGCGCCACAAGUGUUCGUUCUGCGACGCCAGUUUUGUAAUUAGCUCUGAGCUCAAAGAUCAUCUACGUCGACACACUGGUGAGAAGCCUUAUGUUUGCUCCAUUUGCGGGAAGAGCUUCAGUUGGGCUCACAUUCUGAGGACCCAUCAGAUCGUUCACACUGGAGAGAAGCGCCACCAGUGUUCCGUCUGUGGAGAGAAAUUUGCCUACCUGCAGCCCUUGUAUGAUCAUGAGAAGAAGAUGCACAAUAUUGUUUCCUACCCGUGUCAAGAGUGUGGGAAGAACUUUAAAUCAGAUCGAGGACUAAAAGGGCACGGCUGUUUUCAAGGUGAGAAUAGCACUCGAGUAAAUAACGACAACGGGGUUGAAGCAGCAAAGCACGUUGAGGGGAUUGAAGCAGCAAAGUGAAUUGAGGGGGUUGAAGUAGCACAGAACAUUGAGGAGGUUGAAGCAGCAAGGUACAUCCCAGACAUAGAGAUGUAUGAUGAAGAAAUGACCUGAAGUAAAUACUUACAGCUAGGGCUGGGUGAUAUGGCAAAAAUGUCAUAUCACAAUUUUUUAACAUGAAAUCUCGAUUUCAAUUUUUUUUAUCACAAUCCUCUAUCCAUAAAAUAAAACCAACAAAAAACUAUUUUGAUAUGCUUGCAAUUUGUAAUUUGCAGUUAAUACAAUGUUAACACGACACUGAUGACACUCUCAAAAAGUGCACAAAUGUAAAGGAUAAAAGUGAAGACAACACAAGCAAGUAAACAUCACUUUGAUACCGAUAGUUAAAAUCCUCACUGGUUUAUUCACUUUGGAAGAUUCGAGACGAUCUUGUACUUGAUAUCACCAUACACGAUUUAUAUCGUCAUAUCGCCCACCCCUACUUACAGCCCUCCCCCUGUGGUGGAUCUCCAGUGAAAUAAGCACGAUGGUGAUGGCUUAUCUUGGGAAGAGGGGAAGCUUAUGAUAGUUUAUGAUAGCCACCUCGAAAUUAGCAGUUUUUCUGGUCUUACUACUUAUUGGCAUAUGUUUCAUUAAAAUGAUCACAUUUUCUAUUAAUUUCAAAUGAAAAUUCAGAGGGUUACUUGUUUGAUUGAUUGCGUAAAAUUAAACACCUCAGAGAUAUCAUUCUUUGGUCAUAUAUUUGCACACACCCUGAAGCUGUUCUGUUCGAAACAACAUUAUGUUCCGUUCCUUAUAGCCCCAUAAUGCACACCGUACCACCAGUGGUACGCUGUAAUAGUCAUUGAAAGGUUAAUUGCCACAGUACUACCACUCCACUACGACAUGACAGUCAGAGGGCCUUUAGUAAUGCACUACGACUCGGUCAUUACCAUUCUGGUAACCGCAAACACCAUGUGCAGCAUUAGGUGAGCCAGGCUGCUUGCUAUCUUUGGUCUCUCUUGUUUCACAUGUAACACAACAUUGUCAUUUUGGUCAUACCGUCUACUUAGGCCUGAAUGCUGGAAAUAUUGAAGGUAUGAAAUUAAUAAAGGCUUGGUACUACAAUCACAAAUACGUGGUGUGUGUGUCUUUGUCAUAAACAUGUUAUAACACAGCUUGUUUCUCUG